AUGAGCGUGCUCCUGCUGAGCCGGGCUGUGUACGCCUCGUCCCCAGCGGAUCAUCCGCCAGCUCUCGAGACCGCCAUGGCAAGCACCCUGUUUGAUCCGGAGCACGCCUCGACCUCGACAAAGUCCGCCACCGCGCGCCGUGUGCACCCCCUGGAUGAAGCCGAAGACGCGACGGCCGGCGUAUCCAGCCAGCACUGCCCACCACCGCCUGUAUCCAGCCAGACACUGCCCAUCACCGCCUGCCGCCCCCACCUCGCCGCCCCCAAUCCCUCCUUGCAUCUCACUCUGUCGCCCAUGCGGACAAAGUUGACUCAGCCCCGCCUCUCCUGA